AUGUCAGCCAUAGACGAGAUACGCAAGAUCCCUCCGGUCACACGCUACAUGCUAGCUGCGACCGGAGCCAUCACCCUACCCUGCAUCCUCCAAAUCACCUCCGCUUACCGCUUCGUCCUCUUCUGGCCACUCGUCAUCCGCAAGUUCCACGUCCAUCGAAUCUUCACCUCCUUCUUUUUCGGUGGAGGCGGGCUCAAGCUCCUCUUCGAUGUUUUCUUGCUCUAUCGCAAUAGCUCGGAUCUCGAGUUGAAUCACUUUGGUCGACGUACGGCAGACUACACUUGGUCAUUGCUUGUAAUGGGUACCUUAAUCUUGGCCGCGAACUACCCGCUCGGCUCGGUCAUCUUCUUCGGACCGCUCCUGAAUGCGCUGGUGUAUGUUUGGGCAAGGGCGAACCCGAGUAGUAGUGUCAGCUUCUUCGGGAUGGUGAAUUGUCCGAGUAGGUGGUUGCCGUACGUGUAUUUAGGGUUGGAUUUGUUGCAGGGGGGACCAGGGUUGGCGGUGACGAGCGGGACAGGCUUGUUGGCGGGAUACGCAUAUUGGGUAUUGGAUCAGGUGCUUCCUGCUCAGCGUGGAGCCGGUGGAAGAGGUGGAGGCAGGGGUGGCAGCUACAUCCCUACGCCAGGUUUCCUGCACACCUUGUUGCCCGACUCGCUCGAUCCGAGUCUGGCAGGUCAGAACAUGGGCAAUAGGAAUGCAAGGCGUGUCGCAGGUGGCACCGUCUGGAACGCCUCGCGAGACAGCGGCCAUAGACUCACGGAUCGUUCCACCAGCGCAACGCCUCGUCCCACCAGUAUCGCUUCGGCACUGGGAGCCGGUGCACGCUCCACCAUCAACUCGAUCAACCCCUUCCGCGGCUCCUCCGCGUCUCGCACAUCCACCGGUCCUAGCAGGGAAGACAUGCUAGCAGCCGCAGAACGACGACUCCGCGCAUCUCAAGCCUCGUCCAUCGUCGGUCGCAACGCGGCGGAACGAUCCUCCAAACCGGCAGGCUCAAACACGCCAGGCACAACAAGCCUCAACGCUCGUCCAGCAGCUGAUUCGACCAGCAAUCUCAGAAAGACCGCUGCUGCGGCGAACCAGAGCAACACGUUCACGUUCGGUCAGCUCAACGCAAAGGGCAAGGAGGGUGACGCGGAGGAAGACCAUAGUUCCAGUGGCGGAGCGGUUGCCGAGCAGCGAUGGGGGACGGGGAAGGGCAAGGAAAAGGCGAAGGGCAGUGACGAUGAGGGCGAGUCUCAGAGCGGCACAGGUGCCGGACACAGUUGGGGUUCUGGCGGACAACGGCUCGGUGAAUAA